ACUCGCUGUCGCUUAGCACAGCUAGCUAACAACUUCCCAGGUCAACUUGUUCACGUGAAAAGUGACAAAACCAACGAAUAAGCGGAACGCAGAUAAACAUUUGUUUUUUGAGUUUAUAAUUAGCCGCAUCAGCUUUUAAACUAUAUACAAUUAAUAUUUAGAUUUUAGUGGCGACUUUAAUUCACCUAAAAUGGUGUUUUACUUCACGAGUGCCAUUGUGACCCCUCACCAUACAAUCUACAUGGGAAAAGACAAAUAUGAAAAUGAAGAUCUGAUAAAGUACGGUUGGCCUGAAGACAUCUGGUUUCAUGUGGACAAACUGUCUUCAGCUCACGUUUAUCUGAGACUGCCAAAGGGUCGGACCAUAGAUGAUAUUCCCCCUGAGGUGCUGAUAGACUGUGCACAGCUGGUGAAAAACAACAGCAUCCAAGGCUGUAAGAUGAACAACAUCAAAGUGGUUUAUACACCUUGGGCCAACCUGAAAAAAACCGGAGACAUGGACGUAGGACAGAUCGGCUUCUUUCGGCAGAAAGAGGUGAAGAUUGUGGCAGUGGAGAAGAAGGUCAAUGAGAUUGUAAACCGCCUGGAGAAAACCAAAGAUGAACGCUUCCCCGACCUGGCAGCCGAGAAGGAGUCGAGAGACCAAGAGGAGAGGAAUGAGAAGAAAGCUCAGCUUCUAGACCUGAAGAAGCAAGAGAAGGAAGAACAGAAGAGGAAAAAAGAGAUGGAGGAACUCAAGAGCUACACUUCACUGAUGAAGAGUGAAAAUAUGACGACCAAUGAGGACGGUAACGAUUCAGACGACUUCAUGUAAGAGGUGAACGGAAAGCAGACAGAACCGGCGCCAUCACUCCGACCCGCCAUCAGGAUGCUUUUGCCUGCUGCUACUCCGCACUGACAUUGAAAAUAAAACAACGAAAAAAGGGCUACCUUUUUUCUUUAGGACACUUGGAGAAGAACCAGAGUCAAUGAGGGACAGCGCCGUGGAUUUAUUCCACAUGCUGAUUGGUUAAGUCACUGCUUAAACCAAGCUUAAUGGCGUCUUCAUCAGUGGAGGCACUGGAGAAGAACCGCAGGAAGACCAGAAGGCUGAGCAUCAUUUUAGGGGGGGGAGGGUUAGUAGAGCUGUGUUUUCACUGUGGAUUUAUGAUAAAUAAGUUGGGUAUGGGUAUUUUUUAUGACCCUACAAUCCCAUUGUUGACUUUAUUUAUGUGUUAAUUUUGCUGCAUGUCAGAUUUUAUUUGAUUCAGUUCAAUGUAAUAAACUGUUCAUUGACAUAAUAUUCUUUUGAACAGUACCAGUAUCCGGUCACAGCCUCUAUCAUCAAUCUGGUGAACCAUCAUAUCCUGAGCCACAGACGCCUUGAAACAUUAUAAAUUUGAAGCUGCAUCUAAAAUGAAUUUUAAACAAAGUCGUAUGUUUAUUCUGUCCAUCUACCUGUUUUAACCCAAAUAUAUUCCGGUAAGUUUACAAUAAAACAGUAAAGCUGAA